AUGUCUCCUGCCGCUGCUGCCGAGCCAGAUGGGGUCCAGGAAGACAGGCAUGUCAGCAAGCUCAUUUUCUUCCUUUUCGUCAUCGGUGCCAUCCUGCUGUGCGUGGGAGUCCUGCUCUCUAUCUUUGGGUUCCAGGCGUGCCAAUAUGAAACCUUCCCAGACUGCAGCGUGGUGCUGAAGAUCGCCGGACCGGCGUGUGCCGUGGUUGGGCUGGGGGCUGUGAUCCUGGCCCGCUCCAGGGCACGACUUCAGCAAACUGAGGCACACCUGCGAGGCAACAACCAGGGGGACUCCGACCGACCCUUCCUCUGUGGGGAGAGCCGCCAGUUUGUCCAGUGCCUCAUCUUUGGGUUUCUGUUCCUGACGAGCGGCAUGCUCAUCAGCGUACUGGGCAUUUGGGUCCCUGGGUGUGGCUCAGACUGGAUGCAGGAACCGCUGAACAAGACAGACACGGCUGACUCGGAGCCCCAGAUCUGUGGCCUCCUGUCCCUGCAGGUCCUGGGGCCCUUGAUUGUGCUUGUGGGGUUGUCUUUCUUCGUGGUUGCCCACGUUAAGAAGAGAAACAAUUUGAAUGGGGCCCAGGAUGCUUCUGAAAGUGAAGAGAGACAAACCCAGAGCCUGGAGCCUGUCCAGGUGACUGUAGGUGAUGCCGUGAUCAUAUUCCCACCUCCUCCACCACCUUACUUUCCUGAGUCUUCAGCUUCUGCAGCUACUCGGAGUCCUGGGGCUGACGGUUUGCUGCCAGAUGAACGCCCACCUUCAUAUUAUAGUAUUUUUCACUCUGGGUCCCCAACUCCUGAGGGCCAAGGCGCGGCCUCUGAGAGAGAUUGUGAAUCGAUAUAUACGAUUUCUGGGACCGCUUCAUCCUCUGAGACCUCCCACACUCUCCACCUCUUGUCCGAACUGCCUCCCAGAUACGAAGAAAAAGAAACUGCUGCUACCACAUCCUUGCCUCCAUCUUCUGAGCCUUCCCCACCAUGA